AAAUGACUUGGAAUUAACCCAACGGCGAUGGAGCCUAGAGAUUAGAGAGGGAGAGAGGGAGAGAGAGACGCUCCGUCGGUCAAGGAGCGGAAGAAGACAUGCUCUGAGUCCGCCCGUGCCCUUUUGGUUGCCCCCACCACCCCAACUCCUUGCUCCUCUUCCAUCUCCUCUCUUCUCUUCUCUUCUCUUCUCUUCUACCCCUCUUUUUCUUUCUUUCUUUUCCUCACUUCUUUCCUCGCGUGCUCUGUAAGAGAUAAAAGGGCUAAAAAGAACCAUUCCAGUCGCAGCACAGCAGUAUCCGCUCUCUCUCUCCCCGGCUGGCUGCGACUAUUAGAGAUCUCUCUGUUCCCAGAAUCACCGAAAAGAAAAAGGAAAGAGAACCCAAGAGCAGAACAAUCAGAAAGAAAGGGGGGAAGAGAGAGAGAAGAGUUUGGCCGUUGUGGCAGUUACCAGGCUGCGUUUUUCUGAGCGCACCCAUCCAUCCCCGUUUAGAAAGAAUAAGAAUGCCUCUCCUUUCCCCAAUAUCUACAUGUAAUCUAUCUAUCCAUCCAUCUAAUUCUCUAAUCUAAUCUUCGAGAGAGAUGAGGCGGAUGGAUAAUUAGGGAAAAUAAAGUUGGGAGUUUUGCAACGCGGCAGCGAUUAUAGAAAAGCCUAUAAACAGAACAACCCAACCACAACCGGGCCCUGUUCACUGGUAGAGGAGAGAAAAUCGAGAAUAGAGGAGAAGGUGCUUGGGGGAUAGAAAGAAAGAAGGAAAAAAGAUUAAAUAAAAAAGAGAAAGGAAAAGGAGGAGAAAGAGGAGGAGGAGGAGGAGGAGCAGGAGGGGGGUGGUUUUGCAACGCAACUCCGCGUUUAGGGGAGGGGAUGGCAGCGGCUGAGGAGAUGCUGGUGGCGAUGCAUCAGGGGAAGAAAGAAGAAGGAGAAGAACCGAGCAUCGACACGGACAAGCUAAGCUACGAGAUAUUCUCCAUUCUCGAGAGCAAGUUCCUCUUCGGCUACGACGACCCCAAGCUCUGGGUCCCCGAACCCUCCGACACCGAUGCCGCGGCCACGGCGAUCAAGAACCAGAGGGGCAAGGUCUGCGUCCUCUGCAUCGACGGUGGCGGGGGAGGCGGCAUGCGGGGCAUCCUCCCGGGCAAGGUCCUCGCGUAUUUGGAGCAAGCGCUCCAGGCCCAGUCCGGCGACCCCAACGCCCGCAUCUCCGACUACUUCGACGUCGUCGCCGGCACCGGCGUCGGCGGGGUCUUCGCCGCGAUGCUCGUCUCCACCCGCGACGGCGCUCGCCCCCAGUUCCGCGCCGACGACACCUGGCGGUUCCUCGCCGACCAGGGCAAGCGUUUCUUCCGCAAGCCCAGAUCGUCGUCUUCUUCCUCGUCCUCCUCGUCGUUGGCGUUCUCCUCCGGCAGCUUCCUCCGGCGCGUGUUCCAUGGAGGGGGGUCGUCGGUGACCGCGGCGGCGGCGAUGGAAAAGGCGUUGAAGGAGGCGUUCGGGGAGGGGACGACGCUGCGAGACACGGUGAAGCCCGUGCUGAUCCCGUGCUACGACCUGCGGAGCUCGGCCCCGCUGGUCUUCUCCCGAGCCGACGCCCUGGAGAGCGAGAGCUACGACUUCCGGCUGUGGGAGGUGUGCCGGGCGACGUGGGCAGAGCCGGGGCGGUUCGCGCCUGCGGAGAUGCGGUCGGUGGACCGGAGGACGGCGUGCUUGGGCGUGGACGGGGGGCUGGCGAUGAGCAACCCGGCAGCGGCGGCCAUCACCCACGUCCUCCACAACAAGCAGGAGUUCCCCUUCGUCCGCGGGGUGGAGGACCUGCUGGUACUCUCCCUCGGAUGCGGGGCCGGCGGCGCCUCCGUCGUGCCGGAGGAGGAGCACCAGCGGCUUCGGCGGUGGGGCCCCCGGGAGUGGGCCCGCCCCAUCGCCCGCAUCGCCUCCGACGGCGCCGCCGACCUCGUCGACCACGCCGUCGCCCUCGCCUUUGGUCAGUGCCGGAGCUCCAACUACGUCCGCAUCCAGGCUGAUUGUACGAGCAUGGGGAGGUCCGGGGUGGCUGUGGAUUCGGACCCAAGCCCGGGGAACGUGAAGGCUUUGCUGGGGGCGGCAGAGGAGAUGCUGAAGCGGAAGAACGUAGAGUCGUUGAUGUUUGGGGGAAAGAAGAUUGGAGAGCAGACGAACAUGGAGAAGCUGGACUGGUUUGCAGGGGAGCUCCUGCUCGAGCACCAGAGGAGGAGCUGCCGGAUAGCUCCCACAGUUGCCUUCAAGCAAGCAGCUCCCAAGCCCACCUAGACGGACUAUCAGUUAUUCACUUGCUUAGACUGCGCCGUCAUCAAAGAAUCAGCAGGUUCUAGUAUUUCUUGGGCUCGUGAUGUAGGCUUCCUCAUCCAUCUUAAUUGAGGAACUUCGCUUGCUUAAGCGAGCAGCUAAUCGAUAUCAUAACAUGCAUCUUAUUAUCAACUGCUUUAUAAAGUUGUUUAUCCACGGUACACAUAACUCGAGUCUCUGCCCCAUGUAUAUACUUAUUCGCGCUAUGACCAAAAGCAGCAGGCGUCAGAUAACUUCUCAUGGGAAAGCCCAUGGGCAAAGAAGAAAUGGUGGCUUCAUAUGGGACAGGCUGCUGUGAUUUGUGGUCCCAUCCCAAAUGGCAUGUAAUUGGUCCGCCUGCUUUAUCUGAAAUCCUUUAUUUAUAGACUUUUUUUGACUUUUGGAAACUUGUUAGUGACAAUUAUAUCACAAUUUUAUUUAUAAAUCCUAGCAGGUUCUCUUAUUCCA